AUGGCCACCCAGAAUAUUGCGCUAUGUGGGACCACCGACUGGCUGAACAAGCCAAAUAAUGGGAACAUUCUGAAGUUUGUGGAAAUGCUGGGUAUCUUUGAUGGAAUCAUGAAGAAGCAUGUAAGGAGAGAACAGCCCAAAGACACACGUGUGAACUACCUUGGUAAAAGAAUCCAGAACGAAAUCAUUGACAUGCUGGCAGAAGAGUUCCAGCAGACAGUGUGCAACUACCACUCCGAUGCAGCUUUCGCUGGCGCAUUAGCAAGCGCAAAUGUGUUGGCAGAGGAGAUGUGUAUCGUGCCCUGUUUCCGAGUGCAGCCCAUUGGCCGUCCCAGGAAGAAGAGGAGUCUGUUUGGCUACGAGGGAGAGGAUGAGCCUGUGACUGACCCUCAGCAGAAAUUCGAAACUCCCUCAGAGGAGACUUUUGGCUACAAGGAGUUUGUGGAGGCAGCUAAGACUGUGAAGCAUAUCCCUGUGGCUCUGUGCAGCGAUAAGGAGGCAUGGGCCAAACUCAGCAUCAUGUCUGACACUAUCGCCAUCUUCAGAAAGGCAGAUAACCACCAAGACAACCUUCAGCUCUCUGAGACCAAGAAAGUGGAGGCGGACGGCCUUGCUCGCUUUAUCACCAUGAACGAGCUUCGCUACAUCACCGAGUACAACCAAGUGACAGCAGUGGGUCUGUUCCAGUCUGAGGUGAAGGCACACCUCCUGCUCUUCAUCAACAGGGGGAGUGGUGACUAUAAAGAGCUCAAGGACCGACUAGGAGCUCUGGCCCCAGAAUUUGUUGGCGAGUUCCUGUUUGUGCUGGUACACGGGGUGAAGUCCAAUGAGAAAUCUCUGGGCUACUUCGGCCUGACGUCACGUGACCUUCCCCGCGUGGGCAUUUACGACCGCGACUCAGAUAUGAAGUGGCUCAUGCCCGAGGGAGAGAUCUCCACCGAGCGUGUGCGGGAAUUCUGCCAGUCACUCAUACUAGGCAAUCUCAAGGAGGUGAAGCAGGCAGGAGAACCUGAUCCUAAAACGGAGUUGUAAAGUAAACAAAUAAAUGAAUGUAAAUAAUUA